CUAAUCGAGACGUGCAACAAGGGAAGCGAAUUCAGGCGAAGGCCCGCAUGGGCUACUCGCCCCAUACAAGCUCUAAAAUUUAGUCGUGCGUCAACUCAACUUAACACUUGCUAGCUAUUUGCUUAACUACAUACGACUGACUGGUUUGUGCAGGCUCUAACCACGCUGAAGCCGCACGACGAAACUGGCAGGAAUGUUCUCAUAAGUUCCCAGGCAAAUUAAGCAAUAGUGCAGCUUGAGGCUUUUAAGUACUGUUUCGGCAAUGUGCCAGCGGGUAGUGCUAUGCGAUACUUGAGUUGGACAAAGCGGCAGGUUUCUGGGCCGUGUGGCUCGCACCUAAUUCCCAAUGGAUGCCUACCAGUGGGUGCGGAGCAUCAGCGAGGGCUCAUAUGGUGACUGCCACGUCUGUCGCGACGUCAAGAACGGCGACGAGCUGGUUGCAGUGAAACGAUUGAAAGCGGCGCACCUGGAUGAAAAUAUCAAGCGGCUGACGCUGCGCGAGCUUCGAGUGCUUCGCGGUUUGCCGCAACACCCCAACGUGGUGCAUCUGAAGGAUGCAUUUCGAAGCGAGUCGGGGCGCGUGUACAUGGUGUUCGAGCUGGCGGCCAGGAGCAUGCUGCAGGAGAUGGAGCGGCACCACCGCUUCAUGCUGCCAGCCAAGCUGGUCAAGCUGGUGGCGUUCCAGCUGCUGCGGGCGUUGGCGCACUGCCACAAGAACGGUGUCAUGCACCGCGACAUCAAGCCAGCAAACAUCCUGCUCGGCCUGCCCUCCCGCCGCGGUGACGGCAGCGCCAGCGGCGAUGAAUGGGAGGACGAGCCGGAGCACCCCGCGGCGGACGGCCAGCAGCCGCAGCCGCAGCCUGUGCGCAGGCACCGCAAGGGGCUGGUGCCGCGGGGCCGCGGGCUGCUGGUGAAGCUGUGCGACUUUGGGUUCGCGCGCUGGCUGCCCAACGCGGCGGGGGCGGCGGGCGCCGCGGCGCGGUCGGGCUUCACAAACGCGGAGGAGGCGUGGGAGUCGGUGGGCGUGGGCGUCGGCAUGGGGCUGGAGGGCGGCGGCGACCGCUGCUCAUCGUACAUGGUCACGCGCUGGUACCGCGCGCCGGAGAUCCUGAUCCGCAACCGCACGUACGACUGCGGUGUGGAUGUGUGGUCGUUCGGCUGUACCAUCGGGGAACUGGUGGCGGGCGAGCCGCUCUUCCCGGGGUCUUCCACCGCAGACCAGCUGUGGCGCAUCAUGCGCUGCAUGGGCCCGCUGCCGCCGCACAUGGCAAUGCGCAUGCGCGCGAGCCCCAACCUGGCAGGGCUGGCGGCGGCGGGGGCGCAGGCGCGUGGCCGCACGCUGGCGCAGCGCCUCAACGGGGCCGCCACGCCGCAGCUGGUGGAGCUGCUGAGUGCCUGCCUGGUGCUGGACCCCUCACGCCGGCCCACCGCCGCGCAGCUGCUGCGGCUGCCCUACUUCUGGGACGUGCCCAAGAUGCUGGAGGGGGAGCCCGAGUUGGCGGCGCUGCUACAGCUGCCCGCCGCGCCGCCGCCCACGGCAGGGCCGGCUGUAGCAGCGACGGCCAAGGGCCCUGGGGCGGCUACCAUCGACGCCGCCGCCGCCGCGGGCAAGGGAGGGGCGGCGGCCGCGGACGCGGCGGCCGCAAUGCAGCGGCCCGGCUACAAGCCCGUGAGUGUGGGCACCGCCGCAGCGGUGAUGAAAAAGGCGGCGGAGGCGUCGGCGUCCUCCUCAGCGGAGGUGACAGGCACGCCCACAUCGAUGGCGGCGGCGGCGGUGGCAGCGGCGGCGCCCACUGCUCAGGACGCGACGCUGGUGAUCACGGCGGGCAUCAUGUUGGGAGACGUGCGCAUGCAAUCGGCGGGCGCAAGCAAGGCGGGCACAGAGGCUGAGCCCAUGGAUGUGGACACGCCUCCAGUGGCGGCGGCGGCGGCAGCAGUAGCGGCGGCACCGGCAUCGGCGCCCGUGCAACCGGCGGCGCCCUCGACUCCCGCAACCCACACCUCGGAUUCCGCUGCCGCGCAGCCCGUGCUGCAGGAGCAGGCGAGGGCCACACCGCAACAGACACAACAGCAGCAACAACAGCAGCAGCAACAACAACAGCAGCAGCAGCAGCAGCGUGCUGGCCAGCAGGCACAACUGCCGCACCCUGUGCCGCCCGAGCAGCUACACCCACUCUUAUCCUCAGCCGCGGCGGCUGUGACGUCGCCCGCGACGGCUCACGCCGCUUCGGAGGCGGCGGCUGCCCGCCCGGAUUUGUCGGCAGGCGCGCUAGGCCCCGGGGCGGCCAAGCUAGACGCAAAACCCGCCACCGCGUCCCUAUCAGCCAACAGCACAGGCAUCGAAGCUGCCCCGGCGCCGGCCCCUGCCUUGGCUGCGGGUCAGUCGACGGCGUCCUCGGCCGCAGCUGCCAUUGUGAAGGACGUGGCGAUGGUGGCGGCCGCGGCUGUUGAUGUGAUUGCUGUCGGCGGCAUGCCUGCCCGUGCCUCGCCGUCAGUGGCUGCCGAGAGGGACGGCGCGGGUGUGGGCCCGUCAACGCCGUCGCCCCACGCGGCUCCGCCGCAGCUGCCGUCGCUGCCGGUGCCCCAGCAAACCGAGGCCGCGAUGCGACCGGCCCUUCGGCCGGACCAGCAGGAGCAGCAACGGUCGGAGCAGCCGCUGGAGCAGCCACAGCAGGGCACGACCGAGGCGCAAGCGCAGCAGCAGCUGCAGCAGCUGCAGCUGCAGCAGCGGCAGGAGAAGCCGGCUGGCGUGCUGGAGGAAGUGCAGCCGCCAGCCGCAGUGCCUGAGGCAGCCCCUGCGCCGCAGUUCUCCUUCAGCCUGCCGGCUGCGGCUGCGACCGCGGCGGCGGCGUACCGCCCGCCCAUCUUGUCCCUGCCCGACUCCACGCAGGCGCCGGGCUCGCCGUCCGCGCUGCAGCCCUCGCCGUUCACGCGGGCGGCGGUGGCUGACCGCAUCCGCGAGGCUGCAGCCGGCAAUGCCAGCGACACGCAGCUGACCGGCAGCCACUUGCUGCGCGGCGUGGGCGUAACCUCUGCUGCCGCAGCCAAGCCCGUCGCGCGCAUGACCGACUUCGCCUCAGCUCCCAUGGACCUGUGUGUGACAAUGACCUCGGAACCCGACACCGUGGGUGCCGCCAGCCCCGGCCCCAGCCCCUCCGCCGCGCUGCCCAUGUUCCAACCCGGACGCCUGGUCGCCACCACCGCCGCGCGCGGCAGUGCGUCCUCCGCCCUGGGCACCCAACACUCCCCGGGUGUUGAAGGCAUUGCCAAGCGGCAGCUGCAGCCGCCGCAGCAGCAGAUGCUACAACCACAGGCAGCGGUGGCGGCGCAAGCGACGGGCACCCGCGUUCGACAGCAGGUGCGCAAGAGCAUGAGCGCUACCUUCCUGGCGCAGCCCCUGCAGCCGCAUGGCGCGAGCCCUAACUCUGCGCUCCUGCUACAGCAGCAGCAGCCACCCAACCAGUCCGCCAACUCGCUACAGCCGCCGGGCUCUGCCGGCGCCCUUGCUUUAAGCGGCGCUUCUGCCGCGCUGUUGAUGGGCGGUCCCGCCAGUGCCGGCAGCGGCCCCGGCAUGGGCCACAGCAGCGGCGGCCUUCCGGCUGCGACAAACAGCAGCGGUGGCGGCGGCCCUGACUCUUCCGGCGGCCGCCCGCAACAGCAGCCGAAGGAUGGCAAGCUGGUCCGGCGCGGUGUGACCGCGGUGGCGCGAAUGCUGGGUCUGGGCACCGGCGCGGUGGCGGCGGCGGAGGGGCCAGGCCCGUUGCCGGUGCCCGCCGGCCCGCGCAUUGUGGACCUUAUGUCGGGCUCUGCCGCCCCCGCUGGCGUCGCAGGCGCCGCCACGGAGGGCGCGGGGCCAGCCAACGACGGGCUGGGUGGCCUCUCGGGCUCCCAGUACGUGCAGCGCCUGUCCGGCCUCGGCAGCAUGCCGCUGCUGGCGCCGGUGGCGGAGGACGGCGAGGGCGGCAGCGGCAGCCACCAGGGCCUGGCUGUAGUGGCGCUGGCGGGCGGCGGCGGCGGCGCGCCGUUACCGUCACCGCGGCGGCGGCUGCCGUACAACAUGCCUCACCACAUGCAGCAAGUCAUGAUGCAACAGCAGCAGCAGCAGCCGCAGCAGCAACAACAACAGCAGACGUUGCCGGCGGCGCUGGCGCCCAUCUUCGCGCGGCUGUCUACCGGCGGUGGCGGCUUGCAGGGGGCGGGCGGCGGUGGCGGACUAUCCAGCUACGCCUCCGCCAGCCACUUGCCAGUCGUGUUCAGUCCCGGCGGCGCGCCAGCCAUGUCGCCGUACGAUCCGGCCGUACCGCUGCCACACCGCCGCGGCGGUACGGCACUGGAUCCCUACAUGCCGCCGCCGCUGGACAGUUUCAGCAGCGUGGCGGGCGCGCGCUUCUUGCUCAGUGGCUGUACGGGUCCCGCCAGCGGCCUGGGCUCGCAGCUGCUCAGCGCAAACACGGGCGGCGCCGCCGCCGCCGGCAUCAGCGGUGUGCUGUGCAGCGUGCCAGAGGCGGCCGCGCCGCCGCUGCUGUCGCCGCGGCCGUAUCUGCAGGACGAGGCGCGGUCGGCGUCGGCUACGACGACGCCGCGGGGUGUGUACCGAGUGGGCCGCAGCCUGACGGCGACUGGAGGCCUGGCGUACGCCGGCGCGGGUGCUGCGCCGGACGCGGCGGCGGCGGCGGCGGCGGCGGCGGCGGCGGCGCUAUCAGGUGGCGGCGGCGCCAGCAACAUGUACGCCUUCUUGCGGCGUUCCGGCACCGGCUCCGCUUACGCGCACCUGGCGCCGCCGAUUAUGGCCGGCGGCGGCGGCGGCGCCCCCGGCGCCAUUGUCGUGAGCGCGUCGGCGCAGCUGCCUCGGUUUGGCCGCACGAGUCUGAACAACAACACCAUUGACAACAGCGCGAUGGCUCCGGAUCUGGGCCCCGGGGCCACUGGCUACAUCGUCGGCAACACCACCGGCAGCAGCGCCGUCGUGGUGGUGGGCGGGCCAAGCAGCAAGAGCCGGCGCAGCAGCGUAGAAAUGCUGCAGCCCGAAAACACCAGCGGCAAGGGCAGUAGCGGCGGCGGCGCCAAGCCUCUGCUAGCCUCCGCCGCCUCCGCCGCUAGCAAGCUAUUCCGCCGCAUAGGCACCGGCAGCGGCAACCGCGACGGCAUUCCCAGUGUCACAACUGCGACCGCCGGCGCCGCGGGCGCCGCAGGAUUUGACAGCUCCGGCGCCGCCACCCUUGCCGCGGGCAUCAGUGCCCUGCCGCUCGACGGCGGGCUGGCCUCGGCUGGCCACUCCCAGUACCGCAUCAGCCCCGCGACGUCCACACACCACAGCGCCGUCGCGGUCGCGGCGACUGCCGCCGCCGCCGUGUUCGGCGGCGUCGACGCCAUCGAUGGCGGCGCGGCAUGGACGGCGGCGGCGCCGGUCAUGCCCAAGCCACCUUCGCACGUGAACCUGGCGGCGCUGGCGGCGGCUCGCGGCAGCUCGGAGGGACAGUUGCAGGCGGAGUUGAGUUCCGCCCUGGGCGCGGCCGGUAUGGCGGCGGCGGCGGGCGCAUCGGCGGCGGCGGCGGCGGCGGUGGCGCGGUCGCCGUCGGCCCUCCGGAAGCGCGCCAUCACCGACGGCGGUGUUGUGGGCGCGAACGAGCCGGGCGCGACGGCUGAAGAGGAGCUCGAGGCGACGGAGGCCAUGCCAUCGGCCCUAUUCGGCUGCGGCAGUGUCGGCGGUCACAGCACCGGACCCAACAGCAGCGGCGGCGAGGCUGGCGGUGGCAGCGGCAGCGGGCCGGUGUCGCCUGCCGGCGGCGGCGCUGGUGGGCUGGCGCCGCUGUCGCCGUCGGGGUCCCUGGUGCAGGGCGUGGGCAGCCCCCGCAUGCUGCGCAACAGCGUGUCGUCAAGACGGCCCAGCCGCCUCGGCCGCAGCGCCGCCGCCAGCGCGACCGCUGCCGCCUCCGCCAGCAGCCGAUUCCUGCUGGAUGCGGACCGCGCCGCCAGCGGCACCGUCAGCAGCGCUGACGUGGCGGGGCUGGUGUCGUCGCCGCCCGGCGCGCGGGCGUCAGGCACAUCGCAGCUGCUGCUGCACGCCGGCGGCAGCAUCAGCCACCUGAGCCAGGGCGGGCACUCGGGCGCGGUGGCGGUGGGCGUCAGUGUGGACGCCACGGAGGAGGAGGGGCUGGAGGACCUGCGGCGGGCUGAGGGCGCCGAGGACACCGCGCCGCGGGUGCCGCUGCCGCCGCCCUCCGCCAUAUAUGACGCCGACGGUCAGCAGGUGCCAGCAGUGACGGCUGGUACGGCGGCUGCGGCUGCGCCGGCCAGCGGCCGCACGUUUGCGGCAGCCAUGAUGAGCGCCACAGCGGCGGCGUCGGAGGAUGCGCACGUGUCGGAUUCCGCCCUGUCGGGCGGCGGCAAGGUAACGGCGCGCAAAGGCGCCGCCGGCGCACAGGAUCGGCGUGCAGCAGCGGGUGAGGCCGCUGGCGCAGGUGGCAAGGGUGCGGAGGUGCGGGGUCCUCGGGAAGUGCGGCCGCCAGCCGGGGGUGCGCCAGCGCAGCAAGGCAAGCAGCAGGCGUCGCCGCGCGUGGAGUUGUCUCUGUGGGAUCGGAUCAAGCGUGCGCUUGCAUGCGGUGCGCCAUAAACGUGACAGGCGCAGAAUUCUCAAGGCUUUUCAUGACAGCGUGAAUGGUGUUGUGGGAUUGCACUCACGCCGAGCGCUUGUUGCUUGGCGGUGGUUGGUUGGUGGGGCAGUUGGUUGGCCGGCGGUGUGUGAAUGGCUGAGUGCUCCCAUGUUUUGCGAGAAACCGCUACGGUAGGUCGUCGCACGUAUGCGCGCAGUGAGAAUGGCCUCGUAUCCAGUCUUGUGAAUGCGCCUUUGGGUGUUCAAUCACGAAUGAGUCUAAUGAACGGUCGGUCAAGAUGGAUGCAUUCUGCCGUUGGCCACAACAGUGCAGGCCGUUAGGAGGGUCUUACAAAUGUGCGGUAUACCACUGCUGGUGGCAUCAAAAAGCGCUGAGGAGGUUGCAUUCUUGCUGUGCAGCAGCUGGUGCAAACGGAUGCGGGCGAACGUUGAGAAGCAAGGUAUGGCCGGGAUAUUUAUAUGACAAGAUAGGUGGUUCGGUAGGGGGCUUCGCCUCCCCUGGAUCGCUUCGUUCAGGGGGCUCAGCUUUGUACAGCUGGACAAUGGGCUGAGCUCCGCCGGGAUAUUUAUAUGAGAUUGAGGUGACAGGGUAGCGAGGCGCAGCGCUCGGCCGAACCAUGCAUUGCAGCGUUUGCUGGUGAGCCGCUCUGAACACAUGCACAGCCAGCAGAUGAUGGCAUAUUCGUAAUGGUUGGUCGGUUGCCAUGUCAGCAACAUGUUUGCGCAGAGCGCAUAUGCAGUCUUGCAUGCGCGAACGGAUGCAUUGCAGGGGGCGUAGCUGCGCACGCCCCAGGUGCAAGCCCAAGUGCACGUUGGCCACAGGGGCACCAGAGAGCCGGGCUGCACGAUGGAUUCCGUCGGUGUUGCGGCAUGAAUUCUGCAAAUGCUUUUCCUUUGCGGAACUGCAUGCACCGAAGGCAUGAAAUCCGCAGACGACGGACAGGCAGUGGAGCUAAGGGAUUACUUCAUCGACUAGGUAGCACGAUUGUUUCCUUCUGGCGGCGCAGCAUACGUAUGGACAUCAUAAAUGAUAAUUGCAUUUCUCCCAUCACAUGCUGAGAAGUGGUGCGGGAUUACCUUGCAUUUAAGGCACUGUGCUGGGUAUGGGCGUGACAGACGGUGCUCUCAUCACGCUGCGGGUUCUGCACGUGGUGCAGGAGGUCGGGGCCCGCCGCCCCCAUAAGCUUUUUUGUGGCUGGGAUACCCCAAUGAAAAGCUGCUGAUGCAUUUCAUGAAAAACUUGCAGACACAACCGACUGAACUACCGUACUUAUAUACUGCCGUGUUUUUUUACGCUCGGCUGGGACGCGUGGCGAAGACAGGACGGCGCGUAUCGGCAACUACUGCAAUCCAUACCGGGGAAGGUGUAAGGAGGGACGCGGGCGCUGUGAGCACACGUUCGGGUGCACACGUGCUCACGCUGAUGAGUGGGUGUGUCACGUGUGUGGUGUAUGUGCCAUACUGGAGAUGGAGGGAGACACGGCUACAGGGGUGCGGAACCCGUGGGAUGCCGAAGGGUCAUUCCCGCUGGCACUAAAGAUGCUGAGGGAUGUGCAGGGGCGGGGGGGUCGGCCCUUCAUUUACAGCGCUUAAAUGCUUCUGCAUGGUUACAGGCGCGUGUGGGGGUGGAUUGCCUGUCGACGAGUGCCUGUGGUCAUGCGCUAGUGGGGGCUCUGACUGGCUGCCGCCAUCAGGCCCUGGCCGCCAUGUAUGCCGCAUUCAUGCCCGGCAAACAGGACUGAGGUGAGGCGCCAAAGGUUAUUCGGGAUGUUCCAGGCAGGCUCUCGGUAGAAGCAGUGUGGUUGGGGCCAUACUCUUGCGCUUCGCGCUGCAAUCAUGCUUCGCACAUUGCGCGUGGCGUUUUGUGGGCUGUGGCUGUUGGAGGUGAAGGUCUGUGGCCCUCGCAUUGGGGCCGACAAUAGGGAAAUGGACACGGUUAGACGAAAAAUGGACAAUUGCAACUUGGCUGGUAGGAUUGGCUGGUAGGAGUGUCUCCAUUCAAACGGUUACAGGAUGUUGUCCCGACUGAACACAUUGCGGAGGGGUGCACGCCGUUGGCCUUGAGGUAGCCUUGAAGCAAGGAUAGGUGUGGCGUGAGUGGAGAUGUGCAGCAGUGUGGUCGCGUAGAUUACAGGAACCAAACUCAAAAUGUGCGUGUGAUUGUGUGGGUGCGGGUGUGUGGCAGCGUUCACGGGCCGCUUGGGCCCGGGCACCUCGAGCGUGCUGUCGACAGGGCCACCACAUUACCUUUCCAGCGUGUCCUGGUCAGGAACUCCUACUGCAAAGUGGCGUCGGCAAAGUGGCAUCGGCGGAAGCGGGCUCCUGCGUUCCCACAUCUUGCCAUGGGCUGGCAACUGACACCACCGUGCGUGCGUGGGGGUGCAGUUAUGGGGGUCAGCGGAACAGGGCAGAAUGAGCCCUACUUGGUAUCAGGGGUGCCCCUGCCUGUAAGUGUGUGCCUGC